AUGGAUGACCUGGAGUCCCUGGAGCUGUUGUCGCUCGUGUCACGAGUGACGAACGAGCUCCAGAAUCACCUGGGUAUUAACGACAAAACGCUGGCUGAAUUCGUCAUUGACCAACACCUUAAAUGCAAUGGCAACUUUCCCGAAUUCAAAGCAGGCCUCGACGAGAUGGGCGCCGAAUUCCCGCAGAGCUUGAUGGAGAGUGUCGACCGCCUUGUUCUCACGAUGCACCCCAAAUACAAAGGGAAGAAGGAGGAGAACGGCGACGCCGCUGUCGCAGACGAUGACCUGAUGGAUGAAUUCGGUGCCUUGGAACGCAAGUCCCGCGUUUUUAAGGGUCUUGCUGUUCCGGAUAGAGACAACCGCUGGGAAGAAGACGACUACCUUGAUAACAAGGGCAACAACGAUCAAGCAGGAGCUAUGGAUGAUACAUUUGCGAUGCUUGAAGGACUGGCCGGGAAACCAAAGGACGAAAAACCGCGCCCCUCAAAAGACGAACGCGAUGGCAGGAAGCGCAGCCGCAGCCCUUACGACGACGAUAACCGUGGGCGCCGACACCGUGAGAAAUACCGGUCUAGAUCUCGGAGCACGCAUCGACGCAGCAAAAACGACGAGUUGGUGGACGAGUUUGGAAGAUCUAUCGGGAAAUACGGCGACAGGGAGGAAAACCACCGCAAUGGCCACAGUGAUCGACGCAAGCGUCGGGAUCGCGAAAGAGAUGAUCACUUCAGUGAAGCACCACCCAUGGAAUUGGAUGAUCAUCCUGUCAUCUACAAAGUUUAUGAUGGUCGUGUGACAGGUGUCAAGGAUUUCGGUGCUUUUGUCAACCUUAAAGGAGUCAAAGGCAAGGUUGACGGGCUUGUUCACGUUUCGGCGAUGCAGGAAGGCGCGCGGGUGAAUCACCCCUCUGACCUUGUAUCGCGUGACCAACCCGUAAAAGUCAAGGUGGUUAAGAUUGAAGGAACUCGUGUCGGGCUCUCGAUGAAGGAGGUGGACCAAACAACGGGGCGCGAUCUCAUUCCCCAGCGCCGUCUGGCCUCGGGUGCCAACAUGGAACGCCUUGAUGGCUCAGCUGAGGAUGAUCGUUAUGGAGCCCUCAGUUCCGAUGUUCCUGUCAUCGAGGACUCUGGCAGGCCAAUGAGGAACCGGAAGCGUAUGACCUCGCCAGAACGUUGGGAAAUCCGACAGCUCAUUGCAUCCGGAGUUGCUUCAGCAGCCGAUUACCCGGACCUCGAGGAGGAAUACAAUGCCACACUCACUGGCGAGGGUACAUUUGAAGAGGAGGAAGACGUUGAUAUCGAGGUCAAAGAUGAAGAGCCUCCCUUCCUGGCUGGCCAGACUAAGCAGUCUCUCGAGCUUUCUCCCAUUCGUGUUGUCAAGGCUCCUGAUGGAUCGAUGAACCGAGCGGCAAUGUCCGGCGCAAAUCUUUCCAAGGAAAGGCGCGAGUUAAAACAGCAAGAAGCACAGGAUAAGGCGGCCGAGCGGGCAGCCGAUGUUGACCUCAAUGCCCAAUGGCAUGAUCCGAUGGUUGCAGCCGAAGAUCGGAAAUUUGCUGCAGACCUACGCAGUACCCAGCAACAAGACGAAUCUGUGCCAGAAUGGAAGAAGGUCACAAUGGGCAAGAAUGUGUCUCUGGGAAAACGUACUGACAUGACCAUCAAACAACAACGUGAGAGCUUGCCUGUGUAUAAGUUCCGCAAACAACUGCUUGAUGCGGUCAAAGAUAAUCAGUUGAUGAUUGUCGUUGGUGACACUGGAUCAGGAAAGACCACACAACUCACGCAGUACCUGGCAGAGGCCGGGUAUGGAAACAAUGGUAUGAUUGGCUGCACUCAACCUCGCCGUGUGGCCGCCAUGUCCGUUGCCAAACGUGUCUCUGAGGAAGUGGGCUGCAAGCUCGGUGCCGAAGUUGGAUAUACUAUUCGUUUCGAGGAUUGCACCAGCCCAGAGACUAAGAUCAAGUACAUGACCGACGGUAUGCUUCAACGAGAGAUUCUGCUGGAUCCAGAUCUCAAGAAGUACUCCGUGAUUAUGCUUGACGAAGCUCACGAGCGAACCAUUGCCACUGAUAUUUUGUUUGGACUAUUGAAGAAAACCAUCAAGCGACGACCGGAUCUCAGAUUAAUCGUCACAUCGGCCACUCUUGAUGCUGAAAAGUUUUCAGUAUACUUCAAUGGCUGCCCUAUCUUCUCUAUCCCCGGCCGAACCUACCCCGUGGAAAUUAUGUACUCGAAGGAGCCCGAGUCCGAUUAUUUGGAUGCUACUCUUAUCACUGUGAUGCAGAUUCACUUGACGGAACCCACCGGAGAUAUUCUAGUUUUCCUCACGGGACAAGAAGAAAUUGACACUUCCUGUGAGAUAUUAUACGAGCGAAUGAAAGCUCUCGGUCCUUCUGUACCGGAGCUUGUCAUUCUACCCGUUUACUCUGCACUUCCUAGUGAGAUGCAGAGUCGAAUCUUUGAGCCUGCGCCGGCUGGCGGGCGAAAAGUGAUCAUCGCGACCAACAUUGCGGAGACAUCAAUUACGAUCGACAACAUCUAUUUCGUUAUCGACCCCGGCUUUGUCAAACAGAAUGCUUAUGACCCUAAGCUUGGUAUGGAUUCCCUCGUGGUUACUCCCAUCUCCCAAGCCCAGGCCAAGCAACGCGCUGGUCGUGCAGGACGUACGGGCCCGGGAAAGACAUUCCGUUUAUAUACCGAGGCUGCCUUCAACAGCGAGAUGCUUCCGACGACAAUCCCCGAAAUUCAACGCCAGAACCUUUCCCAUACCAUUCUCAUGCUGAAAGCGAUGGGUAUUAACGAUCUCCUGCACUUCGACUUUAUGGAUCCUCCACCAACAAAUACCAUGCUUUCAGCCCUGGAAGAGCUAUAUGCAUUGUCUGCUCUUGAUGAUGAGGGUCUCCUUACCCGACUCGGUCGGAAGAUGGCCGAUUUCCCUAUGGAACCUGCUUUGGCUAAGGUGCUCAUUGCUUCUGUGGACAUGAGCUGCUCCGAUGAAAUGCUUAGCAUUGUCGCCAUGCUUUCAAUAACAUCGGUAUUCUAUCGUCCAAAGGAGAAGCAACAACAAGCCGAUCAGAAGAAAUCUAAGUUCCACGAUCCUCAUGGAGAUCACCUGACAUUGCUGAAUGUCUAUAACGCCUGGAAACAUUCCAAGUUCAGCAAUGCAUGGUGCUUCGAAAACUUCAUCCAAGCGCGACAGAUAAAACGCGCCCAGGAUGUCCGACAGCAACUUCUUGGCAUCAUGAAUCGCUAUCGACACAAGAUCGCCUCGUGUGGGCGGGACACGAUGAAGGUCCGACAGGCCCUCUGCACAGGAUUCUUCCGGAACGCUGCUCGAAAGGACCCUCAGGAAGGAUACAAAACACUUGUUGAAGGAACACCAGUUUACAUGCACCCUAGCUCUGCACUUUUCGGCAAGCCAGCAGAGCAUGUUAUUUAUCACGACUUGGUGCUCACCUCCAAGGAGUACAUGCACUGCACAACGUCGAUUGAACCUAAAUGGCUGGUCGAGGCGGCGCCCACAUUCUUCAAGGUGGCGCCUACUGAUCGUCUGUCUAAGCGAAAGAAGGCCGAGCGUAUUCAGCCCCUGCAUAACCGGUUUGCUGGUGAAGAUGAUUGGCGUCUUUCUGCUCAAAGACGCCAAGGCAGAGGUGGUGGUGGUGGAACAUGGGGUUGA